AGCAAUGAAGUCAUGAUAGGUAGCUCUCAACAGAAAUCACUAAAGAAAUCUGAGGCUAACCUCGCAUUCGGUGGAGAAGCACAGAUUACAGCAUACGAAGCAACAUGCUGCUGACUGACAGCCUCCACUUCAGCAGACAAGCAGAGAGGCUUCUGCAAUGCUCCUGAAGCCAACUUAAGAGAGACUGUUCUGCUGGAAGUUUUCUGAAAUCAUUCUUGAAAUAUGAUGCAUAAUCUCUUGAGAUUAAAGCAAUGGCAAAAUGUGAAUGACAGCAGUUCUUGCACUUCUGCCAUUUGCUGAUGGACCAGAAGAAUGUGAACCUGCCCGUCUGAUUUCAGUGGUCUUUUCCUAAUUUGGUACCUCCAGAACCCAGCUGCAGUCAUGAAGCUGCUAUCAAAUGCAAGCUGGCUGUAGUUCAGCAUUGGGGCCAAUAUUUUUAACAGCAUGAAAUUUUGUUGUAGGCCAUCUAGAGGGAUUCUGUACAUGAAACAUUGAACUGGAGCAAAAUCAGAACUCAAGUCCCCUGUGUGGAGGAACAGAAGAUCAUCACCAUUAGAAUUAGACUGAACUGGAUGCUGAUGAAAAUCAUGUGCAAAACAUAGUCCAGUGCAACAGACCCUCACUACCGUGUGACAUGGGAAUAGCUGGAAUUCCUCUGUUGUGUGAUCAGCAGCCAUGCCAUAUCCUUUGUGUGCAUCUACGCCUAUUGUGCCAGCAGCCAUUUUCCUAUGGAAUCAACAUUUUUAGAUUGUAUGUUGUUAGCAUGAAGCUAUGAAGACGUGGCAAACAUCACGCAUGGCAAGUAGGAUGCCACAAAACAUGGGGGACACUGGCAGUGUCUUAGGAUAUUGCCAUCACAAAGCAAUGUGAGCCUGAUGUUGCAUUUUAUCUUUACGCUUAAUGUAUUUCCACAUCUGACUGUUCUGUGGUAAUUCUGCCCUGUCUCUUCAGCAGCAAUAGAGUGAGGAAAGAAUGCAUCUUUUUGAAGAAAGGCACUGGGAUUUUUGGACAAUAUGUUAUGGUCUAGUUCCAUGACUGGGACCCCUGUGUGUUGCUGCAGUAUAAAGAAGAACUUAUAGUAACAGAUUACGAAGAGCCAGCUCUGUGACUCUGUCUCUGUUCACCCAUCUCACAUUUGAUUAGUCUCUGCUUGACAUCAGGCUGGGAGCAAUAAGCUCUGAUCAGAACUGUGGAUGUGGCAACAAGCCCGAGAGCUCCAUGUGUCUCUCCAGAACCUGACACUGUCUCAUUGGAUUCCUCCAUAAAACAACUGAGGCAGAUGUGUGGUUGCUGGAUUUGUCUUUCAGGUCUACCUACUGCACCCAACAAGGACUGAUGAAUUGCAGUAUAAGGUCAGCCCCGUAGUCACUCUGUUCUGACACGAGCAAGUGACCUUGAGCUUCAGUGCAUGCAGACCAACGUCUUUAACUCGGUGUGCCGAUGUUAUCUGUGCAACCCAAAGGGAAGCAGAAGGGCUGUGCUGGCUGCAACAGGAAGAUCAAGGACCGGUACCUGCUGAAGGCUCUGGAUAAGUAUUGGCAUGAAGACUGUCUAAAGUGCGCCUGCUGUGACUGUCGUCUUGGAGAGGUUGGAUCAACUCUUUACACAAAAGCAAAUCUCAUUCUUUGCCGCAGAGAUUACCUGAGGCUCUUUGGUACCACCGGGAAUUGUGCUGCCUGCAGUAAACUGAUCCCUGCCUUUGAGAUGGUGAUGAGGGCCAGAGAUAAUGUUUACCAUUUGGACUGCUUUGCCUGUCAGCUCUGCAACCAGCGAUUCUGUGUGGGAGACAAAUUUUUCCUGAAGAACAAUAUGAUCUUGUGUCAGAUGGACUAUGAGGAAGGGCAGCUGAACGGGAGCUUCGAGUCCCAGGUUCAAUAACAAACCCUGCUUCGCUGAAGCACUGUGGAUGGGCGCUCAGCCGCACGAGCAGCGAGGGUGCCUGUCAGCUUGCCUGCAAUAUUUUUUUAAUUCUUGGUCCAGAGAGGACUAUAUACAUUGUAGUACUUUCCCCCCAACACAAAGCAGUUACAAUUUUAGAUGUACAGUUGUGCCUGCUUAGCUGAGCACUGCAUUGCCUGUAUGUUUGUGAGUUUUUGGGGUCUGGGGGAGGGCUCUGUACAGUCUGUUUUCUGUAUAUAAACUGGAACAUUUAUUUUAUGAAAAAUGUAAUGCAAUUUUAUUACUGGUGUGAAUUAAAAAUUAUGAAUGUUU